AUGUACGGAUGGGCUAAGACAAGACUUGCUGCACCUGGAAGACUUGGAGAACUGGAGACAAGCAGCAGAAGACAAAAGCAGGCACAGAGAGCCCUAAUUGUGUCGUCACGCAGUCCUCUGGGUCUGGUGGCGCUAAGAGGAAGCAAAAAGUUCACCGGCGCCAUGCGAUCCUCAGGGUCGACGAUGCUGCUGCUGGUGGCGGCUGGCACACUCCUCUUGGUUGGUGGCGGCAGUGCUGCCGGAUGCGACAGAGCAGCCGUGCAGUCUUUCGACGCUAAUAAGUACCAGGGCGUGUGGUACGAGAUCGCCAGGUUGGGAGAGGCUCCAUUCGAGGAGGGCGGCCAGUGCAUCACUGCGGAGUACACAGUGGCUGGCGACAACAACGUGACCGUACACAACAGACUGUUCAGCACGGCUGCGGGCGUCUUCAACGACAUCAUCGGCUGGGCCGAGUGGGACGACCCUGAAUCCGGAGAGGCCAAAUUCACGGUGCACUUCCCAGGCGUAACAGAGAACUCGUGGAUCCUGUCACAGAGUGCCCAGCUGACAGCAGAGCUGGAGCAGCAGGUGAAUGACAGGCUGGAGGCCCUGGGUCUGCCUCGGAGUCGCUACACAGACACCCCACAGGACCCACAACAGUGCACUGUCAGAGUCAGCACAUGCGACAAGCCCGUUGUCACCAAGUUUGAUACUUCUCAGUAUCAGGGCGUGUGGUACGAGAUCGCCAGGUUGGGAGACGCUCCCUUCGAGGAGGGCGGCCAGUGCAUCACGGCGGAGUACACAGUGGCUGGCGACAACAACGUGACCGUACACAACAGACUGUUCAGCACGGCUGCGGGCGUCUUCAACGACAUCAUCGGCUGGGCCGAGUGGGACGACCCUGAAUCCGGAGAGGCCAAAUUCACGGUGCACUUCCCAGGCGUAACAGGUUUGCUUUUUUAUGUUUUAACAGUGACGGGUCCCUAUUGGGUUCUGGAUACUGACUACGAGAGCUACUCAAUUGUCUGGGCCUGCAGAGAGCCUACAGAUGAAACCUCCAACGUUACCGAGAACUCGUGGAUCCUGUCACGGAGUGCCCAGCUGACAGCAGAGCUGGAGCAGCAGGUGAAUGACAAGCUGGAGGCCCUGGGUCUGCCACGGAGCCGCUACACAGACACCCCACAGGAUCCACAACAGUGCACUGUCAGAGUCAGCACGUGCGACAAGCCCGUUGUCACCGAAUUUGAUACUUCUCAGUAUCAGGGUGUGUGGUACGAGAUCGCCAGAUUGGGAGAGGCUCCCUUCGAGGAGGGCGGCCAGUGCAUCACGGCGGAGUACACAGUGGCUGGUGAGAACAACGUGACCGUACACAACAGACUGUUCAGCACGGUUGCGGGCGCCUUCAACGACAUCAUCGGCUGGGCCGAGUGGGACGACCCUGAAUCCGGAGAGGCCAAAUUCACGGUGCACUUCCCAGGUGUACCAGUGACGGGUCCCUAUUGGGUCUUGGAUACUGACUACGACAGCUACUCAAUUGUCUGGGCCUGCAGGGAGCCUACAGAUGAAACCUCCAACAUUACGGAGAACUCGUGGAUCCUGUCACGGAGUGCCCAGCUGACAGCAGAACAGGAGCAGCAGGUGAAUGACAAGCUGGAGGCGCUGGGUCUGCCACGGAGCCGCUACACAGACACCCCACAGGAUCCACAACAGUGCACUGUCAGAUAUCAGGGUGUGUGGUACGAGAUCGCCAGAUUAGGAGAGGCUCCCUUCGAGGAGGGCGGCCAGUGCAUCACGGCGGAGUACACAGUGGCUGGCGACAACAACGUGACCGUACACAACAGACUGUUCAGCACAUCUACUGGGACCAUUAACGACAUCAUCGGCUGGGCCGAGUGGGACGACCCUGAUUCUGGAGAGGCCAAAUUCACAGUGCACUUCCCAGACGUACCAGUGACGGGUCCCUAUUGGGUGCUGGAUACUGACUACGAGUCCUAUUCGAUUGUCUGGGCCUGCAGGGCGCCUACAGAUGAAACUUCCAACAUUACGGAGAACUCAUGGAUCCUGUCGCGGAGUGCCCAGCUGACAGAAGAGCAGGAGCAGCAGGUGAAUGGCAAACUGGAGUCGCUGGGUCUGACACGGAGCCGCUACACAGACACCCCACAGGAUCCGCAACAGUGCAGUGUUGCAGUCAGCACGUGCGACAAGUCCGCUGUCACAGAAUUUGACACUUCUAAGUAUCAGGGUGUGUGGUACGAGAUCGCCAGAUUGGGAGAGGCUCCCUUCGAGGAGGGCGGCCAGUGCGUCACGGCGGAGUACACAGUGGCUGGCGACAACAACGUGACCGUACACAACAGACUGUUCAGCACGGCUGCGGGGACCUUUAACGACAUCAUCGGCUGGGCCGAGUUGGACGACCCUGACUCUGGAGAGGCAAAAAUGACAGUUCACUUUCCUGGUGUACCAGUGACAGGUCCCUAUUGGGUCCUGGAUACGGACUACGACAGCUACUCAAUUGUCUGGGCCUGCAGGGAGCCUACAGAUGAAACUUCCAACAUUACAGAGAACUCGUGGAUCCUGUCACGGAGUACCCAGCUGACAGCAGAGCAGGAGCAGCAGGUGAAUGACAGGCUGGAGGCGCUGGGUCUGCCUCGGAGCCGCUACACAGACACCCCACAGGACCCACAACAGUGCACUGUCAGAGUCAGCACGUGCGACAAGCCCGUUGUCACCGAGUUUGAUACUUCUCAGUAUCAGGGCGUGUGGUACGAGAUCGCCAGGUUGGGAGAGGCUCCCUUCGAGAAGGGCGGCCAGUGCAUCACGGCGGAGUACACAGUGGCUGGCGACAACAACGUGACCGUACACAACAGACUGUUCAGCACUGCUGCGGGCGCCUUCAACGACAUCAUCGGCUGGGCCGAGUGGGACGACCCUGACUAUGGAGAGGCCAAAUUCACCGUGCACUUCCCAGGUGUACCAGAGAACUCGUGGAUCCUGUCACGAAGCGCCCAGCUGACAGCAGGGCAGGAGCAGCAGGUGAAUGACAAGCUGGAGGCGCUGGGUCUGCCGAGGAGCCGCUACACAGACACCCCACAGGACCCACAACAGUGCACUGUCAGAGUCAGCACGUGCGACAGGCCUGCUGCCACCGAAUUUGACACUUCUAAGUAUCAGGGCGUGUGGUACGAGAUCGCCAGAUCGGGAGAGGCUCCGUUCGAGGAGGGCGGCCAGUGCAUCACUGCGGAGUACACAGUGGCUGGCGACAACAACGUGACCGUACACAACAGACUGUUCAGCACAUCUACUGGAACCUUUAACGACAUCAUCGGCUGGGCCGAGUUGGACGAUCCUGACUCCGGAGAGGCCAAAUUCACGGUGCAUUUCCCAGGUGUGACAGUGACAGGUCCCUAUUGGGUACUGGAUACUGACUACGACAGCUACUCAAUUGUCUGGGCCUGCAGGGAGCCUACAGAUGAAAUAUCCAACAUAACAGAAAACUCGUGGGUGCUCUCACGGACGAGUGGCAUGUCUGAGGAACUGACGCACCAAGUGGAUGCGAAGCUGGAGGAACUGGGACUCCCUCGGAGCCGAUACACAGACACGCCUCAGGACUCCAACGGCUGCCAAGUUGAAGAGGACAGCGACGAUGGCGCCGCUGCGCUGGGCCCUGCGGUCGCACUCAUGCUGGCCACCACCAUCGCACUGCUCUUCACCCUGUGA